UCUACCGGAGAUGGGGUACCUUAUUGCUAACCGGUUUCGGGUGGUUUUCAUCUCCAUCUCGUUAAAAUCUAGUUACACUUACCUUCCGAUGAGAGGAGGCGCCCCACCGUUAGAACAUCCUGUCAUAGCUAUUGGUCAUGUGACCAAUCACUUUGUACAGCUGAAGUUGGUGUCUGGACAUCCUAUGCCGCCAAUUGCUCCCCAAUGGGAAUACAACGUUGAAGAACCCGAGUCCGAAUGGUGUAAACCGUAUAAAGAGCGUUUGGAUAGAUUUAUGGCUGAACACACUGUUUGGAUUGGUCCUUGUGUUAUUACCAACUUUGAUUUAACAGACAUAACAGAAGAUUGAUAAUAUGAUUCAUGUUUGUAAUGUUGUAACCAUGUCUGUAACCAUAUUAUUAGCAAGAAUAUUUUCCUACAUGUAUUAAGACAAUGCUCCAGUAUUGUAACGAGGUCUGUUUGUCCCAUAUUAUUGUCACUGCAUUUUCACGCUUCUGUCUGUGACAGUAUCUGGUUUUAGAGGUACGAAUCUUGAAGUUUCAUAUUAAUCCGGGUUUUCAACUCUCGGACGUCUUAAAAAGGGGGGGUGGUAAAUUUAAUUAUGAAUCAGUCCGG